AUGGCCGUCGAUCUGAAACAGCAUCUGGAGCUCGUAGACUACCUCGGAGUCGUCGCCGUCUGGUUCGUUCUUUCGCAUUCUCGCUAACUCUUUCCUAAAUAAUUAUUUUUGGUUUUCUGGUGAACCACUUCAAUUUCCAAAAAAGCGAAUCGUUUCAAAACAAAGAAUAUUCGGAAAGCGAAAACACGAAAAUGGGUUGUUUUGGCCGCGAAAGAGCCGUUUUCAGGUGCGUCUUCUUCGCCAUUCUGUUCGUGCUCAGUUUCAUCUUCAAUUUCACGUGCAUCAAGAAGGACGACGACAUCACCGCCCUCGAGAGAGUACGUUCCCUUCCCCACUCCCACCCGAAAUGAUUCCUUUCAGUGGGGAUACAAGAAGAACAUCGGAAUGCGUCUUGGACCUCACCGCCAUUCGACGAUCGGUCGUCAGAUGCCACACAACAUUCACGACUAA